AUGGCUGACCACAGACGAAUGGAGCGGGUGAACGGCGUGCUCCGUGAGGAAAUCGCCGCCCUGCUUGCUUCGCAGGUCAAUGACCCGCGUCUCAGGGGCCUCAUCACCAUCACGCAGGUGCGCACGGCGUCCGACCUACGGAGCGCCCGGGUUUACAUCAGCGUGAUGGGGUCGGCGGCCAUCCGCAAAGAAACCCUGGCCGGAAUCCAGUCCUCCGCGUCCUAUCUGCGACGGGAGUUGCGCGGCCGCGUCUCGUUGCGCCACGUGCCGUUCCUUACGUUCCAGUUGGACGACGCCAUGAUGGACGCAGACCGCCUGAUGAAAAUCAUCGAAGACCUGGAGGUUCCGAACGAAACCGGCGACGACGCCCAGGCGCCGGCGGAGCGUGCCUGA